GUAUCCCUACUACGUGUACCGCGCUUCGUGGUCAACCAAUGAAUCUCGAGACUUGCGGGAAUGUCUAAAACUACCAUCCAAUAAAAGACCAGCAGUGAAAUUCGUUAUUUCAAACCACGUAACAUCGGUAGUCGCUACCUGACAAGAUUGAAUGGGAUACACAACGAACCCGUACCGAGAAUCCAGAGACUGUUGCAGCUGUGAAUUUUAGGUUUUCCUAAGUAUAUUUCUAGUGAAUAUUCAUUGAUUUGUAAUAGUUGAUACUCUGUCUAGUAUUGAAUGAAUUAUUAAAUAGUCCGAGCAGCCGUGUAAACAGUUAUUAUGACCUCUUGAUAUAACUUCGGACGUAAGGCAUGAAAGCACACGGAUAAACUAAGCUCGAAUUUCUCGAACCUGGAGACUCGCACAUUUGCAAAAAAAACAUCCACUUGUACAGGAAUAAAUCAAUUGGAGGUUAAACAUCAUGCUGAAAGGAAAAGAAAACCAACCAAGAGCUGGAGUUCCGCAGAUGGGUACCGGGCUAAAAAUUAACAAUAUCAAACAGCUAAGGAUCUCCAAGGGAACGACAGUGCUGACGGAAAUUAGUGCACCGAUAAAUACCAAGAAGCAAACAAUUUCUGAAGAUAUAAAAGAGGCGCCAAAUAAAACUAACGUAGUAAAGAAUAUAAGCGAGGAUGAAAACACAGAGAGAAAAAAAACAAUGGAUUUAAUGCCGCCGCCACCACCCCCAAAAUUACUUCCACCUGCAAAAGCUACUCAGUCUAGUACAGAAAGUCAUAGCAAGAACUCUUCAACUGAAGCUGAUUCAAAAUCUGCAGGGAAGGUCAAAGCUGCUCAAACUAGCGCUAAGAACGAUUCGGAAAAUGAUAAGAAAUGGGUUCUUGCUGAUUUCGAUAUAGGACGGCCUUUGGGAAAAGGAAAAUUUGGGAAUGUUUAUCUAGCCAGAGAGAAAAAGUCCAAGUAUAUUAUAGCUAUGAAGGUGCUUUUCAAAGCUCAGAUAAAAACAGCUGAAGUUGAACAUCAAGUCAAAAGAGAGAUAGAAAUUCAAACGCAUCUUAGACAUCCAAAUAUUUUGAGAAUGUAUGGAUACUUCCACGACGACAGAAGGAUUUAUUUGAUCUUGGAGUAUGCACCGAAAGGAGAAUUAUUCAAGGAAUUGAAAGCACAACCAAAUGAAAGAUUUGAUGAAGUGAGAACGGCUACUUACAUCUCUCAGUUGGCUGAUGCGCUCAAGUACUGUCACAGUAAGAAAGUUAUUCAUAGGGACAUUAAGCCUGAAAAUUUGUUGCUUGGAAGUAAAGGAGAAUUGAAAAUUGCUGAUUUUGGAUGGUCGGUUCACGCACCUGGUUCCAAAAGAGAAACUCUGUGUGGAACUUUAGACUAUUUACCACCAGAAAUGGUCCUAGGUGCGACACACGACCACACUGUAGAUGUAUGGGGAGUUGGUGUACUCUGCUAUGAAUGUCUGGUUGGCAAACCCCCAUUUCUCGCUACAACAUACAAAGACACCUACAACAAGAUCAAAGAAGCUGAUUAUAGAUGCCCUUCCUAUGUCAGCGACGGAGCCCGAAAUCUCAUUUCUCAGCUACUGGUUGUGAAUCCUGAACAUCGAUUAUCGUUAGUCGGCAUUUUAAACCAUCCCUGGAUUGUAUCUAACCGAACCAUGGAACCAACGAAACAAUGAGAUUUGCAAAUAAAUAAAUUGUGAUGCGAUGAAUCAUUCAUCUUUUAAUUAAUAUUAUUUUGACGGUAUAAUGUUUAAGUAUCAAAGAUGCAUAAAUUAAAUUUGAGAUAUCUAGUUUUCUAGCACACAGUUAGAAUUAUAAAUGCAACUAAUUUCAAAUUUCAAAUUAAAGGUACUUGAUCGUUAAUUAUAUGAUACAUUUUAUCAUUAUAUUAAUAUUGUUACUCCACACGUACAUGCGAAGUUGAUAAA